AAAAAAAGAAAAACUCGAACUGCAACCAGCAGCAACAGCAAUGGAGGUCACGACGACCCAAGACGCGGCGGCCGCCGCGGAGCAGGAGAGGCAGAGGGCCCCCUCGGCGCUGGCCUUCAGAAGCCUUGCCGAGUACGCCACCGGUGCUAUCCCAACCCUCUUCUACGUCCCCGACUUCAUCUCCCACUCCGAGCAAUCCCAGCUCCUCCACAACAUUUAUCAGGCACCGGCGCCCAAGUGGAAAACCCUCAAGAACCGGAGGCUGCAGAACUGGGGAGGAGUGGUGCAUGAGAAGGGGCUCCUGCCGCAGACCUUACCUCCAUGGCUAACAAGGAUAACCGACAGAAUCUGCCAGUGGACUGGUUUAUUUCCUUCUGCAAUCAAUCAUGUGCUGAUAAAUGAGUAUCAUCCUAACCAAGGGAUCAUGCCACACCAAGAUGGUCCUGCCUACUACCCUGUUGUUGCUAUCAUAUCUCUUGCUUCACCUGUUGUGAUUGAUUUCACACCCCAUCAAAGGCUUAAAGAGCAGCAGGACACUGAUCCACAGGACUUACAGGCCCAUGAGUUGCUGGCGCCAGCUGAGACGGAGAGCAAUGGCACUGGAUCACAUGAACGUGGAGCCACAAAUGAAUCUGAUCCUUCAUCUUCAUCACUUAUGCUGAUGCCCUGCAGCCUGUUGGUAUUUAAGGAUCAGGCCUAUACAGACUACUUGCAUGGCAUACAAGAUAAUGAGCUACAUAAUCUGGACAAGGUCGAGAAUGUGUCGCAGUGCCCAGAACUGAAGCAUCUACAUUCGGACUGUAGUAUGAGCACGGAAGGGCAGCAUGGCACGUUUCGCAGGACCGCCACAAGAGUCUCGCUGACGUGUCGGUUGGUGCUGAAAGUCCACAAAAAGCUAUUUAAAAUCUAGAAAGUCUGAUUAUAGCCUUAAGCAACUAUCCACAAAACAAAACCCGAAAGGAAAGAAAGCGUUUUCUGGUCAAGAAUCCCAAAGAGCGGUCGAUCCCAGUUUCUAGAAAUCGACCAGGAAGAACGAGAAGGAACAAGAAAUCGCUGGGUAUGAUGUACGCGUCCGAGAUGAUGCUGUUUUCCGUGUAAUUCAGGUUUUCAUAUACGGUGUGCGUGCAGCUGCCUUUCGCACUCUGAAGCGGCCGGCCAGCAAACCGAGUUAUUGUACUCACUCCGUCCGAA